AUGGCCCCCUCGAAGUUUUUACCAACGGUGUUACUCUUCGCGGUGUUGAGUGCACGCCCUCCUUCGAAUUCCCCCGUUCCAUAUGCAAAUGCUGGAAUCACGGGGGAAGCCACAUCAUCUGUGGAGGGCCUAAACAUUCAUGGUGAAAAGGAUCAGUUGUAUGACCUGUCUCACUUUAGCAGAGAGUUAAUUGAACCUCUUUCUCGUUUCUUGAAGAGUGUCCCCGCCGCAGCGUUAAGAGAGAAGGUGAAAACCCAAGUAGCCAAAGCAGCGCAGAGUCUGCAUCUACCCAAUCCAGAUGAACAGACAUGCGAAAUUAAUUAUGCUGAUUUGUGCCCUGAAGGAUGGGGGGAUUGGGGAAAUGGAGACAACUGCAUAAGUCCUGCUACUUACCAAGGACCAUGUAAAAAGAAAAUGGCAUCGUUCGUGAAUUCAACGCCUAGAGAAAAAUUCCACUUCUCCAUCAAGUGCGAUGUGUCAUGGCCAUGUAUGCAUAGAUGUAGUGAAGAAGAUCUGUUGGAGGAGUGUCCCGACCGUUGGAUUCUCGAAGGUAAGAUCUGUCACGCCCCAAAAUCUUACAUGGGAAAAUGUGUUCGGAAAAAAAUUUUUACAAAUUUCUCGAGAGAAGAAAAAAAGGCAUGGGCAGAUGCAUGCGACGUCAGUUGGCCUUGCUUAAAAAAAAAUUACAAUUUUAAUGAACUCUGUCCAAAAAACUGGAUUCCUAGUCCAGAUGGUAAACACUGUUCUGCGACUAGCUCUUAUGUCGGAGUCUGUGGUCCUGUUUUGUAUCUGUCUAAUUUGAAUGAGCUGGAGAAAAAAAAUUUAAUGAGGAAGUGUAAUGUUGAAUGGCCUAUUAGAGCGAAUGCGGAGGAGAACGAACUAAACGACCAGGUGUGUCCACUGGGGUGGACCAGUAGUACUUCUAACCGGAAGGGAGGAGGGACUACCUGUUCUCCUCCCCAUUCAUACAACGGUCCCUGUGCCCAAAGUGAGGAAAUAAAGAACAUAUCCUUCGAACAUAUGAGCAAAGAAGAAAAGUAUGAAUUAUCCAGAAGGUGCGACUUCAUGUGGCAUUCCAAAAAUGAGCAGUAUCAGAAUUUCGAUUUGGCUUGUCCUUACAAUUGGGUUCUAGUAGAUUCGGCAGAUCACAUUUGCGCAUCCCCUGUGGAAUACACCCAGCCGUGCAACAACAUCUGGUCCUUCAAAGGUUACACAAACGAAAUGAAGGCUACCUGGGCAAUCAGAUGUAAAGCCCCUUUUGUUAACGAAGCAACAUUCCGAGUUCGACUCCUAAAGGGUAGAAAAAUGGGGAACCAUUUGAAGAAGGGAAAAAUAUUUGGCCUGAACAGAGAAAUGAACAGUGGAGGUAUUCUCCUGGCAGAUACAGCUUGGCUGAGGGAUGGUCCCAUAGGUUCUGCCAAAUCCAACUAUCACAGAGUUGAUGAUAGUACUACUACCCAUGAGGAGUUCCUCCCCAACCAUGAUGAAUCCUUAAUGCACACAAACGGGGAGACCUUACCUCUAACUGAGGGGAGAAAUGUGGACCAUCCGCAUGAGGUUAUCCUGAGCGACCAGAAAAUUACGGAGCUUCUUCUGCUUAAGCAGGCUUCGAAGGAUGAGGAGUUACGGAGGAAUAUCGAUGAAGUUGUUCAGACAUUGAGGAAGGGGCACUCCUCCCCCGGAAAGGGAAACUCAUUUUCCUUUCUCCAGAUCAAGUCGAAGAGGGAAAAAUCAAUCAACUCAACAAAGGAUUUUCACAAAGAACACCAUGUGGAUUCUUCAAUUAUUGGGAAGGCGAAAUUCCCACUGCAAAAGGGGGAAGCAGAUGAGCAAUCGCCUCUGUAUGAUCGAGAUACUGCACACACAACAGAGAUACAAAAUUUAAAAGAAAUAAAAAACUUGUAUGAAAACUAUAAACUGGAGAAGGUGGAUGAGUCAUACUAUGGGCAUAUCUGUUUUGAAAAAAAUUAUUUGGAGUGCCCUGUAGGGUGGACUAAAUUAAGUGCCAAGCAAUGUAUGGCCCCAAGAUGGUACAGAACCAAUGUCCAUAAGUGCAGCUCCAUGAUAAACCUAAACGACUUAACCAGAAGUGUGUAUGAUGUAGCUCACGACAUGUCUUUCAUUACCUUCGAUGAAGAAAAAAUAAAGAAAUUGGAGAAAAAAUGUUUAUUGGAAUUUCCUUGUAGAGAGUGCGAACGGGAUUACGUACAAGUGUCUUGCCCCCUGGGAUGGACUGAAACCAAUGAUGAAUGGUGUGAAGCGCCCGCAGAUUAUCCACCAUACUUGAAAAAGGUUUGUGGAGAUAGAGUCAACUUUAAGUAUGCUACUCCACUUAUUAGACGUAACUGGAGCCUUCUGUGUAGAUCGGAUUGGCCAUGUUUUUCUCCUUGCGAGAAAAACUACGCGGCGGUGUGCCCCCUUGGAUAUGAGCUGAUAAAUGAACGCUUCGACACCGUGAACGGAAAGACUAUUCACGUCUGCGUGAACCGGAGCUGGGAACCGAGUCGAACAGAAGAUGACCGCAUACAUGUUGAUCGCUUAGCGGAUAAUUGGGGAAACGCGUGUCUUGUGAUCGAAGUAUACAACAGUGUACAGAUAAAAAAACAAAUCGAAAAAAAGUGUCGAAUUAUUUGGCCAUGCCUGGAAAAAUGCAUACAAGAUUAUCACCAGACAUGUCCGUACAACUGGCUCCUCAAGAAAAAUAAGUGCAUAGCUCCAUAUCAUUACAACCCCCCACAAGGGUGUUCGAAGUCCUUUGCAGUUAGAUCGUUUAGCUCCUUCGAUAAGUACCUCUUCUCAAAUAAAUGUUUUUCACCUUGGCCAUGUAUCAAUGCUUGCCAACAGGACUGGUCUCAACCAUGUCCCGCUCACUGGACUCCGAUGAUGCGGAGAAAUGGUAAAAAUACCGUGGAUAGGAAGACAACUUCCAAUUCUCUCUUUUGUAAACCGAUAAAACGUUACAUGCAUAGUGGUGUGUGUACAGAUGAAUAUUACGAUUUGACAGAUUUCACCUUUUUGCAAAAACAAGAAUUCUCCUUUCGUUGUGGUGUUCGUUGGCCAUGUGGCAACACCUCUCGGCUAUAUUCUCCCAAUUGGCAAACAGAGAACGUGUACUACGACGUUGGAUUCCAGCGGCUAAGGACGUUGCGUUUUUAUGAUACCCACUACGCCUCGAGGUACGCCAAAUCGGGAAGUUCCUUCUUCUAA